UCCUGAUUGCGCGCAGCAGGUUUCUGUCCUUUGGAGGAAGGAAUUGCGCAAAAAAGAACAGACGCCUUUAAUUUGUAACUAACAAUCUCAAGAGUUGCGCUGCCUGGUACAAAGUCGGUGCAUAUGUUGAUACAGAACUAAAAAGAAGAGGACGUUUGCCGCUUGGCCUCAUCUCAACCAUCGGCUGGGGUGGCUUCGAAGAGACGUAAGAUUGGUGUCUGGGGAAUAAAAGGAAGAGUGGGACCGCGGUUUUCAAGGGAAAUUAAGUCUAGACCAGUUUCUCUGAAAGCGGCAAGGCAGAAGUUCUGUCAAAAGCAGAAUUUAAAAGAAACCACACAUCCUGAGCUUUUCCCUCGCUCUUAUCGGCAUGUAAAUUCCCCCCAGAAAAUCACAUCGAAGAGCAUUCUGGGACAGAAAUCUAUGGAAAAACACCUUCAAGGGAAAUUUCGGAACUGUUGACAGGAGUCUAAUAGUCAGUGCUCACCCAUAGCACACCCCCUUCCGAGCGCCCUCCGCUCAGGCCGCCGCCUAGGCUCCCACCCCGUAGCCUGCUUUCCUGCCGCGGACCGCCAGCCCCGCCGAGAAAGAGGGCCCUUCCCCACCUGCCGCGCCCCGCGCCGCCCGGCCAUGGCCGACAGCGGCGGCACGGGCAGCUCUGGGUCCUGGUGGAAAUCGCUAACCAACAGCAGAAAGAAAAGCAAGGAAGCCGCGGUAGGGGCGCAGCCUCCCGCCCAGCCUGCCCCCGGGGAGCCCGCGCCGCCCGCGCCACCCAGCGCCGACUGGACUGGCAGCUCCCGGGAGAAUCAGCACCCCAAUCUCCUUGGGGGCGCCGGCGAGCCCCACAAGCCGGACAAGUUGUGCGGGGAGAAGUCAGGCAGCAGCCGCCGCAAUUUGAAGAUCUCGCGCUCCGGCCGCUUUAAGGAGAAGAGGAAAGCGCGCGCCACUCUGCUCCCCGAAGGAGUCCGGUCCCCUGAGGAGGCGGGCUUCCCUGGUGACCCCCACGACGACAAGCAAUAGCCACAGCGCGGCGGGACUGUCUUUCUCCCCACCACUCCUCCCUACCCUAGCCCGAGAAUUGCGGCCCGCCCCAGUACCUGGUUCUAAUCCCACCAACUUCUGAGUAUUCACACGAGGCCUCCACGAUUUUAAUUUCCUGGAAAUUGAAGUGUCGGUUAAGUUUUCAAUAUUUCAUGGCUCGAGGAGGCACUGAAUAUGCACUUGUGGUAAGCGAAGAUACCUGCCACAGAGGAAGUUGGCCUAAUCCUUUUUUUCCCCCAAGAGUGGCCCCUUGUGCCACCUGGGGAGUGAGAAGGGUACUUCUCUGAGUGGGUCACUCACCUGGAACUGCACAGCCCCUCCAACGAGGAAGCAGUGCUCCGAUUCAGGACUCGCUGUUGGAGAGCAAAUUACA